AUGAGACCAACGACGAAUUCAUCCGCCGCAUCUUCCUCCGGCACCACGACCACCACAACCAUAGUCCUGGGAGACCGAGCCCAGCAGCAACAGCAACAGCAACCGCCAUCGCAAACCCUAGUUUUGCGCCUCAAUCGGCCGAAGAAGAAAGUUUCAUGGAAGGACGGCACCGUUGACAACGAAUUCAUGCAGAAGAAGAGCUCCAAGAAGUGCUGCAUCUUCCACAAGGAGAAGCCCUUCGACGAGGACGACAGCGAUGACGACGACGAACAUCACCAUGGGAAUCAUGACGACCAUCACGAUCAUCCCUCCUCCGAUGGCUGCUGUUCUUCCAGCAACGGCCAGUGUGAAUGA